UGUAAAUAAAUAUAUUUUGCAAGUUUUAUAAAAAAACACAAAUUUUACAAGAUCAGUGUGAUAAUUGUGACGAUCGUUAUAUUUUGAUAAUGACUCGACAUGCCAGAAAUUGUACAGCUGGAGCUGUAUACACUUAUCAUGAAAAAAAGAAAGACGCCGCUGCUUCGGGAUAUGGUACUCAAAGCGAAAGAGUUGGUAAAGACUCUGUAAAGAGCUUCGAUUGUUGCAGCUUGACUCUGCAGCCUUGCAGAAACCCCGUCGUUACAAAAGAUGGUUAUUUAUUUGACAAAGAAGCUAUCCUUGAGUACAUAAUUGCAAAGAAAACAGAAUACACAAGAAAAUUGAAACAGUACGAGAAACAACUUAAAAAAGACGAAGCUGAGAAAAAAGAACUAGCGGAUGCUGAAAAAGAGGCUAAUUUAAUAAAAUUUAUGAGCAGAGAGAAAAAUAUUUCUAAUUCCAGCUCAAGUAGUCAACCUUCUUCAUCAAGUUCAGUCUCAAAUCUGGCAAACGGCAAGCAUAAGGAGCUGCCCAGUUUCUGGGUGCCUUCACAGUUACCUGAUGCGAAACUAUCAAAAAUACAAAAGCCUGACCCCACAGUGUACUGCCCUAUUAGUGGAAAACCACUUAAAAUGAAGGAUUUAAUAGAAGUGAAUUGGACAUUGGUAAAAGAUCCUGAUGACAAGAAAUCAUUGAUUGCAAAAGAGAACAGAUACAUGUGUCCUGUUACACAUGACAUACUAAGUAAUGCUGUUCCUUGUGCUAUCAUCAGGACUACAGGACAUGUUGUUACAAUGGAGUGUGUUGAUAAGAUAAUAAAGAAAGACUGGUUACACCCACUUACUGGUGACAAAUUGAAAGAGAAAGACAUCAUACCAUUGCAGAGAGGUGGCACAGGAUAUGCUCUUACUAAUCAAAAUCUUGAAGGGAAGAACGAAAGGCCAGUGUUACAAGCAUAACAUAUUUAGUACUACUGAUUUGCUAUGGAAGUACAGUUUAU